CUGCAGCGCGCCCUCGCUUAUAUGCGCGACCUGGGUGGGGCCCCGCGCUCCUGGACACCUCUACACGCGCGAAGCCUUUUUAUGGCGAACCCUUAUCUUCGGGAAGAACUUCAGCGGGGCCCAAGAUGUCACCGCUGUUAUCUCCAUCAACCAGGCCGUCGUCAAAUUGUCUGAGCCUGCGAUAUAAAAUCACCCACUCCGAGAUGAUGCCCCGGUUCCGCGGCAGACUCACUCGGACGUCCUCCCUCACCCUCUGCGCGCAGACGCGAUGGCGAAGACGCACACCCGCGUUGCGGCCUACUUCAAGCCGUCAGCAUGGGCUCUUGAACCGGAGCACUCGACCUUUGCACCGAGUAGCAAAUGGUCGAACAAGGACAUGGAUCCGGUUCCUCCACAUGAGCGGACGUGGACGACCGUGAACUACAUCGCGUACUGGAUCUCGGACGCGACGAACGCUGCGGUAUGGGAACUCGCGUCGAGCAUGUUGGCUACCGGUCUGUCAUGGCGGCAAGCUCUUCCUGCGAUCGCAGUCGGACACAUCAUUAUCUCCGUCGUAAUGGUUCUCAACGGAACAAUCGGUGCCCGCUUACAUGUAGCAUUCCCCGUGCUGAACCGGUCUUCCUUCGGGUUCUGGUUUAGCUACUUCAGCGUCAUCAGCCGGGUGCUCUUGUCAAUGUUCUGGUUCGGCAUCCAGACAUAUACAGGGUCGGAAUGCGUGUAUCAAAUGCUGAAAGCUAUCUGGCCUUCAUUGGCUAGAUUACCCAAUCACCUCCCAGCCAACGCGAAUAUCACGACCUCCGGCAUCAUGUGCUACUUCUUGUACUGGCUUAUCCAGUUCCCGUUCAUGCUGAUCUCCCCUCAGAAGAUCCGGUGGCUUUUCAUGGCGAAGGCCCUUGUAGUCCCCGGAAUGUGGCUCGCUAUGCUCAUCUGGGCAAUGGUCAAGGUGCCUCCACGAGACGGGCUCUUCGUCCAGCAUGCAACGCUGCACGGAAGCGACUUGUCGUGGGCGUGGCUGAGCGCGCUGAACAGUGCGCUAGGCAUCUACUCGACGCUAGCGGUGAACAUUCCCGACUUCACGAGAUACGCGAAGAAUGAGCGGGCGCAAUACGUCCAGAUUGCCAUCAUCCCCAUAGCCUUCACGCUCUGCGGGUUCAUCGGCAUGGCGGUCACGAGCGCGGGCAUGGUGCUCUACGGCCAGACGCUCUGGGACCCGCUCAAGCUCAUCAACCAGUGGGACAACCGCGCCGCGGCGUUCUUCGCGUCGUUCGCGUGGGUGCUUACCACGCUCGGCACGAACAUCUCCGCGAACUCGCUCUCGGCCGCGAACGACAUGACGGUGCUGUUCCCGCGGUACAUCAACAUCAGGAGAGGCCAGGUUCUGUGUGCGCUGCUUGGGGGGUGGGCACUGUGUCCUUGGGAGAUCUUGGCGACUGCUGAGGGCUUCCUGACCUUCAUUAACGGCUAUACCGUCUUCCUUGGCCCCUUCGCCGGUAUCAUGGUCACCGAUUACUGGUUCUUGCACAAAGGCAAGGUAGACGUCCCCUCCAUGUACCGCCCCCACGGACGCUACCGCUACACGUACGGAUUCAAUUGGCGAGCUGUCCUUGCAAUCCUCUGCUCCGUGCCUCCGCUCUUCCCGGGCUGGAUCAACUCUAUCAACACUGGCAUUAAGGUCGGCAGCGGCGCAGUCCACAUCUUCGCUUUUGCAUGGAUAUUCGGCUUUGUUGUGGCAUCCACGGUGUACUACACCGCAUCCAUGCUGUUCCCUGCAAUGGAGACGUACAUCCCCGAAGCCAUCCUGUCGGACAAUGUGGACAGCGACUCCAGUCGGACGUCCGACGUGGAGGAGGACAAGAAGAGCAUCAAGGAGGAGAUCAAGGAGGCUACAGGGGUCUUCCCUCCGGAACAGGAGCGAGGUCUAUGAUGGCCGUCAUGGCAGGAAAGUGAUAUACCUGUAACGAUGUAGACAGAUUGAGAAUACUAGUACAUGUAGCGGGGAAUUGGAAUAACAUUUUAAUGACAAGGCCUGCGUGGCUAAGUGGCUGCAUAAUGACU